AGCUAUUAAACCAAUGCACAUCUUGACUUGAUUUUCCUAAGUUCCUCUUGUUCUGACUGAGGCUCCAGGAAGGGGGAGCCUCAGGAUAAAGAGGGAAACAUUAUAAAGCAAAGAGAGCGACUUUUCUUCUCCGCAUUGACUGAGAUGUGACGUGCAGCAACUUCCCUGUUGUGCAAUCGGCAAGAGGCUCUCGGGGGGCUAUAAGACCCCCAUCCUCAUCUGGUUUCUCAGAGCCUCAGAUCUGCUCCCUCUGCUCACGCCCAGACUGACGGAGAGGCACGAUACAGUCCAGCGCACUCGGCUGGUCGCAAUUCUCUUAGAGGGGUCGAGCAACAUUUGUCAAGAUAUGGACGUUAGCCAAAAGAAGCACUGAAAAGCUCUUGGCUUUUUCUGCUGGAUACUCGGUCAUUUCAGCUGACGUUGGAAAUCUGAAAGAAGUUGAAGUCAAGUCUUUUGACACAAGGGAACAUCUAGUUUCAUAAUGGCAACCCCAAGUGGCCUCUUCUUAUUCAACUCCACAUCCUCCCCGUUUCCAGCGACAGAGGUCUACGUGAACAUCUCGUUAGUUCCUUGUGAUUUUCAUCGCUGCCGAGAUUGGCCUCCAGUGCCCAUGACAACAGUGAUCCCCACCAUCUACAGCGUCAUCUGUGUGCUAGGUAUACUGGGCAACGCCUUGGCGGUGUAUGUGUUAUCUUGUGGCAAUGCCUUGACGAGAACGGUGGCGAACACUUUCAUGCUGAACCUGUGCGUCUCCGACCUGCUGUUCCUGCUGACUCUUCCGCUGUGGGCCGUCUACUACUCCUGGGGCUACAGCUGGCCCUUUGGACGAGUGGCCUGCAAAAUCUGCGGUGCUCUCCUUAACCUCAACCUCUACGCGUCUAUUUUCUUCAUCACGUGCAUGAGCGUAGACCGUUACCUGGCCAUCGUGCAUCCUCUCCUCUCGCAGAGGUCGAGGGAUUACGAGCGAGCCCGGAUCGUGUGCAUCCUGGUAUGGGUCCUGGCGUUUGCUUGCUCUUCCCCCCACUUGGCCUUCAGAGAGACCUAUCAUCUUAAAGAGUUCGAUGCAGUGGCUUGUGUGAUUUUUUAUCCAGAUGACACCUGGUUUCUGGCCCUGAGCUGGGUGAAGAUCAUUCUGGCAUUCCUGCUGCCACUGCUUGGCAUCUCCUGUUGCUACUGGGCCAUUGGGAAACAUUUGUUGGCCUACAGAGGAUCAGCAAGAAUGCAAAAUUCACCACCUUCUCAAGCGGGCCAUUGUAAAUCAGAACGUCCGCCGACUCCUACUGUGUACCCAAGCUCAUGCACGACCGGACCGAUGAUGGCCCGCGGGGUAGAGAGGAUUUUGUGGACAGUGGCUGCUGUGGUCAUUGCUUUCUUCAUCUGCUGGUUCCCCUUUCAUUGUGUGACCUUCUUGGAUCUUUUGAGUCAAAAUGGAUGGCUGGACAGUUGCUGGGUAACUUGGACCAUCACCAACCUGACCCCACUCACUCUUUGCCUAGGCUUCUCCAACUCUGCCAUCAAUCCUGUGCUCUACUGCUUCGUCGGGAACCAUUUCCGCGGUCGCCUUGGGGGUCUCUGCAAAGACUUGUGUGCUUGUUUGGAGGCUGGUGGGGAUCAGCACAGUCAGAAACGAGGUUCUUUCAGCACCAGGCUGAGCUCCUUCUCCAGGAAACUCAGUGACCUUAAGGACCUGGCGAUUGUGGAUACCUCAGGUACCCUGUAACAGACUUUCCCCAUCCAGCACUGGGAAACAUUGACAUUCCAAAGUAUUAAUAUGAACUGAAACUGCCAGACUUGGUUUAUGAUGCUGGUUUUAUGUAAAAUAAUACAUAAUAUUUCAUAUUACAUAUUUUUGAAAGGAGUACAAUAGUACAUACCAAAACUAAAUGGCUAAUAAUGCUCAGAAGAUAAAGUGGGACAAAAAAAGUAAAAUUGCAAAAAUGAAAGACUAAUUAAAAAUGACCAAAAUAGAGAACAAGUGAAGACAAUAAGCAUGUUGAUCUUCAACAUUUUUGAGCCAAACCCGCAUUUUGUAAUCCUGGCCCCAGAUAUCCAGUUGUGCUCCUACAGAUCAUAACAAGCUGUCCCGCACAAAGUUUAGACAGAUCUGAAAGUCGUCUUUGGAAAACGCCUCGCGUCUUCCAAUAUUUGGCCAAACAUCUCGAGAAUACAUGCAACAUAACUAGUGCUUGUUAUGAAUUUGAUGCGGCACCACCAUCAUGAUCCUUCUCAUUCUCUCUACAAACCAUGACUUUAGAUUUAGGCUGUAAUCCAUUUAGGAGCUCUGAACUUUAUUUCUGGAUCACCAGAUCCUCUGUAAUUACUGAACUUCACCCGUGUGAACUUCAGCAGAUUAUUGAUUAAGGGAGCGCACUUUCAUGUAGCCGCGUUAUUACAGCUUUAGUCAAUGUAUGAAAAAAAAAAGGAACAUGUCUCACUUAAGACGGAAAGGAGUUUUCAAAUGUUUUUGAACGGGGUCAGUUUUAAAAGUGGACAGGUGUGUCCACUUUUAAAAGCAACUGUGUUGAUGUAACUGCUGUGUUUCAUGCUUUCUGAAAAAUUUCCUCUGUUUCAUAACCAUAUUUUAUGUAGCAAAGUAAAAUGUGAAUCAGUAGUUGCUGUAGAAACUGUUUCUAUGUGUCUGUACAUAUAUGCUAAAAUCAAAACGAGAUGCUGCUGGAUUACACAUGUAUGCCAACAUUAACCUGGCAAUCCAAUAUAUCUUGCAGUGUUGUUGUUUUUUUUUGGGGGUGGGGGGGACAAAAAACCUGUUUAUUCACGGCAAAUAUAUAAUUGUAUUGCUUCUUACGGACAGUUUAUUCAGCAAAUAAAGAGAACAAGUGUUCAUCAAAUCAA